AUAAAAGAGCUCUUCGUGAGUUUUGAGGACACUCCCUUGGGAGCAGCAUCACUAGCCCAGGUGCACAAGGCAGUGCUGCAGGAUGGGAGAACAGUGGCAGUGAAAAUCCAGCACCCAAAGGUCCAAGCUCAGAGCUCCAAGGAUAUUUUCCUCAUGGAGGUUCUCCUCUUGGUUGUGAAGCAGAUCUUUCCAGAUUUUGAGUUCAUGUGGCUGGUGGAAGAAGCUAAGAAGAAUCUGCCCUUGGAGCUGGAUUUCCUCAAUGAGGGCAGAAAUGCUGAGAAGGUUGCUCAUAUGCUCAAGAACUUUGAUUUCCUGAAGGUCCCCAGGAUCUACUGGGAGCUCUCAACAAGGCGCGUCCUUCUCAUGGAGUUUAUGGAAGGGGGACAGGUGAACGACAGGGCCUACAUGGAGAGGAAUGGCAUCAAUGUCAAUGAGAUCUCUCGCAACCUGGGGAAGCUCUACAGCGAAAUGAUCUUUGUGAACGGCUUUGUGCACUGUGACCCGCACCCAGGCAAUGUGCUAGUGAAGAAGUGCCCAGCCUCUGGCAAGGCCCACAUUAUCCUCCUGGACCAUGGGCUCUACCAGGUACUGAGCGACUCAUUCCGCAUGGACUACUGCCGCCUUUGGCAGGCCCUCAUCAAGGCUGAUAUGAAGAGGGUGCAGAAGUACAGCCGGCGGCUCGGGGCAGGGGAUUUGUACCCUCUCUUCGCCUGCAUGCUGACCGCCAGGUCCUGGGCGUCUGUCAACAGGGGCAUUGACCGGUCGCCAGUUUCAGCCAGCGAGGAUGUGGAGAUCCGGUCCAACGCUGCUGCUUACCUACCCCAAAUCACCCAGCUCCUCAACAACGUUCCCCGCCAGAUGCUGCUGCUGCUGAAGACCAAUGACUUGUUAAGGGGGAUCGAGUCAGCCCUGCACACACGGGCCAGUGCCAGCUCCUUCCUCAACAUGUCUCGCUGCUGCAUCAGAGCCGUUUCCAUGUACCAGAGGAGCAAGAGUCACUCGCUUUUCAGGAGGGCCCAGAUCUCACUCACAGAAGCCCUGAGCCUGUGGCAGAUCAACUUGUAUGAACUCUUCCUGUGGCUGAAGGGGUCCCAGCUGGGGAACUGGGUCAUUGCUCUCCUGAGCCAGAUGCACCAUUCCACGUACUGACAUGAACUGGUGGGAGAGGCCCAGGUGUUCCCUCCCUCCCUUCUGCUCUCCAUGGCACAUUUGCCCUUCUGACUGUUUCUGUCUGUUCUGUGGGCUAUUUUUGGUUCUUGUUCCAUGUUACACACUGCACUGUCCUUGCCUGUUACAGCAUGAGCUUUCUCUGUGGCGCUGAGAGGUGGAGUCAGUACUGGAGCUCUGCUGUUUCAUGGUUUAGGAAAAGGAGGUGCAGGAUACUGUAUGUCAGGAAGGGCAUAGUACUUUCUUUCCCCAUAUGAGCCAGGGAAAUUCCACUCAGAUUCCAGUGGGACUGCACUGGAAGCAAAAGCCUCUCCUUGGCUCUUUCUUAAACAAUCUUAGAGAAUUUAAGAGAAUCCCAA